CCAGGGACCUGUCGAUUAUCACCUGCAGUAUCCUCUAAAGACCAAAAAAAUAAAUUAAUUAAUUUUAAAAAAGAAGAGGAAGAAGAAAUCACCUUUACUUCUUUUUACCUCUCGUCAAUCACAGACUGGACGCACAAUACAGGCUGAAUAAAUGGAUAAUAACGCAGCAAAUUCGGAGAAAUCUCACCUGGUACACGACAAGAAUGCAAAAAUGUAUUCUUUAAAACUGCAAAGCUCUUUUCCAGACUCCAAAGAGCAGUAUCCUGAAUUCCCUUUUAAAAAUGGAGGCAUGUCUGUUGCCAUUGAGCUGAAGCGGCCCGUCGGUGUCCACUGUCAUGGUACCAAAGCCUUGGCAAGUGAAGAGAAUGUGGACAAACUGUUGGCCAAGAAGAAACUUUACAUCGCAUCAGCUGUGUGUCUUGUCUUCAUGAUCGGAGAGGUCAUAGGAGGAUACCUGGCCCACAGCCUGGCCAUCAUGACUGAUGCUGCCCACCUCCUGACAGACUUUGGCAGUAUGAUGGUGAGCCUGUUCUCCCUGUGGAUCUCCUCCAGACCACCCACCAAAACCAUGAACUUUGGCUGGCACAGAUCAGAGAUCCUCGGGGCAUUCAUCUCAGUCAUGUCCAUCUGGAUCGUCACAGGGGCUUUGGUCUAUUUAGCCAUCGAGAGGAUUGUACGCAACGACUAUGAGAUUGAUGGCCAUGUAAUGUUAAUCACCUCUGGCUGUGCAGUCAUUGUCAAUAUUGUCAUGGCCUACAUCCUCCAUCACUCCACCACGUUCCACGCCCACGGCAGUGGCUACCACCAGAUUGACGAAAACGGCCAGAGUCCCGUCUCUCAUGGCCACUCGCACACUCUUCUCAGUGGCCAUGGCAACACCAGCGUCCGCGCAGCCUUCAUCCACGUGGUUGGCGACCUGCUGCAGAGUGUCGGAGUUAUGGUGGCGGCCAUUAUCAUCUACUUUCGGCCUGAGUACAAAGUUGCAGACCCCAUCUGCACGUUCCUGUUUUCUGUCUUUGUCCUCUGCACCACCGUCACCAUCCUCAGAGACGUCUUCAGGAUACUCAUGGAAGGGUCUCCUAAAGGAAUAGAGUUCAACUCGGUGAAGGAGGUGCUGUUGUCUGUAAAGGCUGUGAAGUCCAUGCAUUGUCUGCACCUGUGGGCUCUGACUCUAGGCCAGGCGCUGGUCUCCGUUCACCUGGCCAUAGAAGAAGGUGCUGACCCUCAGUCUGUGCUGCAGGAGGCCACUGACCUGCUCCACACCAAGUUCGGCUUCCACAGCGUCACCAUCCAAGUGGAGCUCUACACUGAAGACAUGAGCCACUGCCUCCGCUGCCAGGACCCCAGUGACUGAUACCCAUACUAGACUGAACUGGACCUGGACCAGCUCAGGCAUGUCUUCAUUUUCUCCGGACGGUUACAAAUUGUGUCCCCAAAAGCAGCUCUGUGGGAUAAAAAGGAGAGUUUAGUAGAUUCUAAUGUUGGCCAGCUAAAUUCUGUCAUUAAAAACCAAAAACAGCAAAAUCAUCAUGUGUGUUCAUGGUAGAGGACAGACACUGGUACAUGUCAUUGCUCCCCCUUCAGAGACCCUACACUCAUUAAAGGAAGGAUUCAUGAUUUAUUAUGAAUAUAUUUAUGCAGCUAUGUAAGGAAUAAUCACUUAAAUCCUUACAAAUUUUCAAUAAUGCUUUACAAACACUGAAACCACUGCCUGAUUUUUAAUAAUUCCUUUAAAUGUAAAAAAAAAAAAAAAAAAAAAAAAAAACUGCCAGUCUUGGAAACACAUAUGUUUGAGAGUAAUUUCAGCAAUAUGGCUGAAAAUGAAAGUAUUAGUAUUACUUGGUCACUAAGGGCAACUACACUGAUUUCCAUGUUACAUCAAGGUCAUGCACAUUUUAUACUGAUGGAGGACAAACAUGAUAAAAGCAAAACUAACAUCCAAAUUUAAGAUUAGUAGUGAAAAAUGCUUUAGGUAAAGCUUCAGUGGGCAUGUUUUUACAUGUUAUUGGGCAAAAUUUCCAUAAAAAUCUUUCAGUAUAUUGUAAACCGACUUGGAAAAUAGUCAAUAAUGCAAUUUUUCUUGACUCUAUUUACAGAAUUUUAUCCCAUGUCAUGACAUAAAUCUCCAGAUUUUUUCAGUGUGAGGAGGUACAACGGGUGACUGACAGCUAUAAUAACCAACUACUCUCCAUUCUUUAUAUAUUAUAUUUUUCUAAACAGGUUUUAAGGUAAGAUAAGGAGCCACUGUCAUUGGAUUUUGACAAAAUUAUGGGUACCCUAUCA